GUGUACGUGUUUGUUGGUGAGCACAUAGCCCUAAUAGAUUUCAUAAAAUGCCUCCAGAGACGAAAGCUGUUAGAAAGCGGAGAUUACGUCGUGAUAUCCGUUGACGAUGAAAUAUACGACCCCAACAGACGGAUCAAACUAAUUAGAAGAGAUUAUCUUGACCCCUUCCUGCGCGAAAGUUGGGGUAAUGCUAGUGACCUGAUGGGGUUCAGAUCUGUUCUGAAACUCACUCCUUCCCAUCCUAGGAAUCCCAAUUAUAAAUACAUUUGUGAGAAGAUAAAAACAACAUCUGCGAAACCUCCAUUUUGUGUUCCCUAUCAUCAUAAGAUAUUCGACAGCAUAUCUGUACCUAUCCAAGCUGCAUAUCUUUAUGAUGCAGUCAUGAUCUACGCCAGAGCUUUAACUGAAGUUUUUCAAAACAACGAGGAUCCUAGAAAUGGUACCGCCAUAUUGGAUAGGAUUGUCAACAGAUCUUAUCAUUCCAUACAAGGCUAUGACGUAUUUAUAGAUGGUAAUGGAGACGCUGAGGGUAAUUUCACAGUGGUAGCCCUUCUCGACGAUAAAGAAAUGAAUGGCACCCUACGAAUGAGUAUGCAGCCUGUCGGAUAUUUCCAGUACAAUUCUAAUGGAAGCAUCAAAGCUACAGCAUUGCCAGAAUUCAGAUAUUUCAACUCGGCCAGACCGAUCCAGUGGGUAGGAGGAAAACGGCCUAGAGCAGAGCCCAAAUGUGGAUUCUAUGGACAAAAGUGCAUAUACAAAGUCGACUGGAAAAUUGUGGCAAGCAUGAUUCUCGUAUCGACAAUCGUCAUUGUUGGUAUACUUUUUGCUGUCAAACAUUAUCGAUACGAACAAAAAUUGGCGUGCCUGUUAUGGAAAAUCGAUAUGAAAGAUGUGAUAAUAAUUCCCACAGAAACGACAGAACUGUCAAACGAAAACAAAAAUAUGAUAAGAGUAUGCAGACACAGCGUCUUCCAUGCACCGACCAGCAGCAUUGUAGAUGUCUCUGAACAAUCUCCCAAGCGAGCUUAUACGACAAUAGGGCUCUACAAAGGAAACAUCGUCGCUAUCAAGUAUUUGCACAAACGUUCGGUGGAUUUGACAAGGUCUAUAAGGAAGGAAUUGAAACAGAUACGUGAAGUACGUCAUGAAAAUCUAAUUCCAUUCAUCGGAGCAAGCGUUGACCAUGGAAAUGUUGCCAUAUUGACGGCAUAUUCUGCAAGAGGAAGCCUCGAAGAUGUAUUAAAGAAUAAGGAUCUCAAUUUGGACAACAUGUUUGUUUCAUCACUGGUCACUGAUAUUUUGAAGGGAAUGAUCUAUCUUCAUGACAGCGAAAUCAUUUCUCAUGGCAAUCUAAGAAGUAGUAAUUGUUUGAUAGACAGUCGAUGGGUUUUGCAAAUAUCUGACUUCGGACUACACGAAUUCAAAACCAAUCAAGAUGAUCCAGACUGGAAAGCGAAAGAAACUAAGAGAUUGGUGUAUAGAGCACCAGAAUUACUGAGAGACCCUUCACCACCGGCAAGAGGAACCCAAAAGGGAGACGUUUACUCUUUUGCUGUUGUUUUAUAUGAAAUCAUUGGAAAGGAAGGUCCUUGGGGAAACAUCAAUAUGGAACCAUCAGAAAUAAUCAGAGGGGUGAAGAAGUUAAAUCAAGAAUGCCCGUUACGACCACCCUUAGAAAAUUUUGGUGCCGCCGAGUAUAUUAUGAAAUGUAUGAAGGCUUGUUGGCACGAAGAACCAGAACUGAGGCCUGACAUACGAUAUGUCAGAGUUAGACUUAAAGAGAUGCAGGCUGGAUUGAAACCAAAUAUUUUCGAUAAUAUGUUAGCUAUUAUGGAGAAGUACGCCUAUAACUUGGAGGGAUUGGUGCAAGAGAGGACAAAUCAGUUGACUGAGGAGAAGAAGAAAACUGAUGCGCUUCUCCAUAGAAUGCUGCCAAAAUCUGUAGCAGAUUCGCUCAAAAAGGGGGAGAAAGUUGAGGCAGAGUCGUUCGAAUGCGUGACAAUAUAUUUUAGUGAUAUCGUAGGAUUCACAGAACUUUCAGCAGUCAGUACUCCGCUUCAAGUAAUAGAUUUGCUCAAUGAUCUCUACACUUGUUUCGACUCCAUCAUAUCACAUUACGAUGUCUAUAAGGUUGAAACAAUCGGUGACGCUUACAUGGUUGUGAGUGGACUGCCCAUCAAGAAUGGGGAUCGUCAUGCCGGAGAAAUUGCUUCAAUGGCGCUGCAUUUGCUCAGUAAAAUAAAGAAAUUCGAAAUAAAACACAGGCAAGGCGAAGUACUCCAAUUGAGGAUAGGCAUACAUUCAGGCCAUGUUGUUGCUGGUGUAGUCGGACUGAAAAUGCCAAGGUAUUGCCUUUUUGGAGAUACUGUCAACACUGCUUCGAGAAUGGAGAGUUCAGGAGAUGCUUUCAGGAUACACAUAUCACAUGCUACGUAUAUGCUGCUCCAAAGGUUAGGAGGGUAUACUUGCGAGGAACGAGGACUGAUACCUAUCAAGGGUAAAGGCGAAAUGAGAACAUAUUGGUUAGCAGGAGAUGAUCCAGCUCAACGAAUGGCAAGAAUCAGAGAAGAACUCGUUGGAUCUAAUUUAUUCAACAGUAUAAGUUCAGAAAGACUGAGUAAUAGAACGCCUGAUCUGCUGCAACGAACUGGAGUGAACUUGGAAAGGGAUACUCAAUUGUACGACCACUGCCAUACAUGUAACUCCCAAUCGAGCUGUCCCGUACUCCAAUUGCAUCAAAGGGCCAGGAGGGCAUUCAAUCCCAUGCAGAGCCAGGAAACCAUUGAUGGCAGUUUCGACAUGUUAUGUCCCGAAAUGUACAGAUAUCAUCUCACCAGACUCAAUUACAGAUCUUCGUAUAGGAAUCCCCGAUCAGCGCCCGCCAUCACUUUCACAAGUGGUAAUGAACACAUCUGA